AUGCCUGCAGGAAUUUUCAAUUCGACAUAUUACGGCAAGGACUACCGCGCCGGUGCGGCUCUCCUUCGCGCUCGUCGCCCGUAUCUCUUCAAGAAUGCUCUUACUGGGCUCGGGCUCGUCGUUUUCACAAUCAGUGUCUAUGCAUACACCAUCCGCGCAGUUGGUCAGGACGAAUUCUCCGACGUGAAGGUCCCCGAUACUCCCGCGAAACCUCAGCAGCAGAAGCAAUGA